AUGAAACAAAAACCAGCUUCUGAAUCACAACAAGAGUACAACAAUGUCAUCACAAUCGACAUACAAAAAAUCAAAAAAGCUUGUUGGGAUUCCGGUUUCAAAUUCAUGUCACUGAUGACCGAGACCAAUCUUCGGGAAGUCAUUCUUGACGAUCACUUCAGCAAGGACAACAACUCCGUCACGCUUUACAAUAGAACCGCGAUGACAAUCUUCGUUCCGGGUGACAAUAAAUUGAAUAUUUGGCGAGAACAUCCAAUAUAUUUUGAUAAUCAGGUCAUAAUGUCAAGGAUUGAUAAGAAUAUGUUCGAUUCAGGAUUAUUAUUCAUCGGUUCUGACAUUUAUUACCGUACGCUGAGGCAUAACCAAGGCCAGGCACGAGUUGUAACUGGCGUAGGAGUGAUUGAUUGUGUUAAGUUAUACCUAAGCGUAAACCCAGUGCCGCAGUAUGCCGUGAUGGAUACCGGUAGCGGUUUCCUUUGGAUACAGUGUUACGAGUGUGACAUUUCUACUCCAUACUAUAAUCCAUCAGCAUCAAUUUUCUAUGAUGACAUCGCAUGCGACACCCAAACAUGCAUGGAUUUUCCUGAUAAUCGUUGCGGUGAUGAAAGGAAAUGCCGAUUCAGUGCAUCCUAUGUUUCCGGACCUUCUGUUACUGGAACUGUCGGUAAGGACCUGCUAACCUUUGUAUCAGAUGGUCUUAAACAGACUAUUUGGAGUCCACUUAUUAACUUUGGUUGUUCUUAUGUUGGCUGCACUUCUCAACCGCGCAAAAUGUUGAAUGAUUCAAAAAUAACGGGCGUAUUUGGCAUUGGAGUAGGAAGGGCAUCAAUUCUUGCCCAAAUGAAAUAUGCUCGGUUUUCGUAUUGCAUAGGAAAGCUGAACGCUCCAGAUAACCAAGACGAUAAGCUUAUUCUAGGGGAUGUAAGUGCAUCUUUCGUCGGACAAUGGAUGCUUCUCUUUCUCUAUAAUACUCAUUAUCAUGUUGCAUUAGACGAAAUUUAUUUUGGAAGUGAACUCAUUGCGAAUCGCAGUCGUUUGGAAAUCGAUUCAGGCGGAGAUCGUGUAAUUCUGGACACUGCCUCUACAUAUAGUCAUCUAAGCGAUGCUGCAUAUUAUCCACUUGAAGCAAUGAUGAUGCGUGAAUUAGCUGAUAAAGAAAGGCCUUGGACAUCGGAUUAUAAUGAAAGAUGUUACACAGUAACAUUUGAUGAUCUGCUAAACUUUCCAGAUGUCAUACUGAAAUUUGUUGGAUCAACGAACGCUGUAAUAACAAUUUGCUUUGCUAUUUUUCCUUCUUCUAAGCAGGCCAGGCUAGGAAAGCGAUCUGUUCUUGGAUUAUUGGCUCAGCAAAAUCAUAAUUGGACCUACAGUUUAGAUUCAAAAACAGUAUAUUUUAAUAGAGUUCUUACAUGUAAAUCUGCUGAAUAG